ACUGAUAUCAUAGAAAUCAAGUAUGAGGGGGCGGUCGAUUUGAGAAUCACACUUUUUAAGUUUAAGUGGUAUGACCCUGUUCUUGGUAGAGGCACUCGGCGGAGCAAUGGUGGUAUCGUUGAUGUUCUUUCAUCGAGGAAAUACUACAAAUAUGACCCAUUUAUUCUAGGUACAUACAUAUAUAUAUAUAUAUAUAUAUAUUUGACAUCAGGUACAUAUAAUAUGUGUAUCUAUAUUGAUAUUUGAUAUUACACAGCUUCACAAGCAUAACAAGUUUGUUAUAUCCCUUAUCCGUAUGUAAAGAAACCAAAGCAGUUGUAGCUCAAUGUUCUUAAAAUGAAUCCGAGGAGAUUAAUUGUUGCUGGAGAAUAUGAAGACGUAGCCUCGAUUACGUUACAACAAGAAAACGAUGAUGCUGUUCUGAUGACUACAGUUGAAGACCUACAAUUUGAGCAUUUGGUACAUGCUUGAAAAGAACCAAUAAAUCUCGAUUUCGAGGUGGCAGAUGGAGAACCAAAUGACGAAUUCCGAUGUAAUUUAUCGUCGUUUAAGUUAUUUGAGGCAAUAUGUAAUGAUAUAUAUUAUUGAAACAUUAAUUUCAUGGUGUGUUUUUUUAUAAAAAAAUUGUAUUUAGCUAACUAAUCCCACCUAAACCAUAAGUAACCCGCCUAUAAACCCUAAAUUUACUAAACCCAAAAAUUUGAUAAUUAGAAUCCCUCCUAAACCCAAAAAUUUAACUAAUCCCGCCUAUAAACCCAAAAUUCAGUAAACCCGCCUAAAACCAAUUAUUUUUGGCCCAUUUAAUUAGAUUUUUUUACUAAUCAUUGGCAACCCUAAUCACUCUCUAACUCUCUCGAUCUCACACCGCCUCCUCUCUAACUUGCGAUUUCACUCUCGAUCUCGACCUCUCACUCCGGCGAUUUCACCGAAGCUACUGCCGAUCUAUCUCCGGCGAUGGGUAGAAAGAGGCAGCGCAAACUCGUGGCACCGGGUUCGUCGAUUAAUAAAAAACCAAGACCAUUACCGACUCAGUAUGACUUCGUCUCUAAGGCGACGACGUCGAAUCUUCCACCGGUGGUUCUCCCUAACAACAACCGGCGCCGUCGGUAAGGGAUUAUCCACCUCCGAGGCAACUCUUUCCGUGCUCCACGUUCCAACCUCUGGAUCUGCUCCGGUUCCUCAAACUCAGCCUCCAACUCGAGUACCUCAGUCUUCUGGCGGUGAAGGUACUUCAUAUCCUCAACCUGGGCGGAGACAAUCUCAAUCUCCUCCGCUUGAAGAAUCUCAAUCGUCUCCAUUUCAUGGAGCUCCAUCGCCUCACGGUUCUCAAGCACAAAACUCUCAUGGAGACCCAGAAGAUUUUGCUGAGUUCGAAAGGAGUUCACAACGGUCCUGUCUCCCAAACUCGAGCCUGGUACAACAUGGUAUGGUUGCUCUACUUUGUGUCUGUUGUGUGAGGUUUCAGUUUGUCUCCAUGAGAGUUUUAGUGUGUUUAAGUUUGAGUUUGAGUUUUAGCUGUUUGAGUUUGAGUCUAGUAAACAAUUUUGAGUCACGAAGUUGAGCUAAUUAUAUGUUUUGUGUGUUUAAGUUUAUUUCCGAGUUUUAGCUUUUCGUUUCAAAACCUUAGUUUUCUUUUUUUUUUUGGUUCUGUUGUGAAGAUUAUAAUUAUGUUUCGCUUUUGUUUGAGUUUCUCUUCUUUCUGUCUGUUGUGUGAGUAUUAUACUAGUGUCUUCUCUCUGCCUGUUUAGUGUCUUCUCACUGCUUGUUUGAGUUUGAGUUUGCUGAUUGAGAGUCUCUGUUUUUUUCCUCUUGUGUUGUAGGUUUGGUUAUGACAAGUCCAGCUUGACCCGUAAGAUAACCAAGAUUAUGAAAAAGAAGUUUAAUAAGCCUUUCUACAGCUGGACCUGUGUGCCUAGAGAUAGACAAGAAGGAUACUUCGUUGAAUUUGCGAAAAAACACACAUGGAAUCCCAUGUUAACCGGUCUUGUUCAAGAACACUUUGAAUCCAUUUGUCAGCUCCGAAUGAAAGGUAUGGUCAGUGAUGUAAGGACCUCUCGCGAGCAACCGAGUUGGAUAGGAGAUACACUCUGGAAACAAAUGACUGCUUAUUGGGACACUGAGGCAGCAGUGGGAAAGAGCCGCAAGGCAUCAGCAGCUCGUUUGUCUGAACGUAAUGGUCUUGGUAUUCACAAGCAUAACUCAGGACAGAAGUCCUAUAUGCAAAUCGAACAGGAGCUGAUAGUGGAGUUGGGAAGACCUGUGAGUUUUGGUGAAGUAUUCAUCAAGGCUCAUACAAGAAAAGAUGGAACCUAUGUUGAUUUCAAAGCAGAAAAAGUUGCUGAGGCUUACAAAAAGAAAAAGGAAGAGAAGUUGGCUAACCUUGAGAAGGAUAACACUGAAAUCUCAGAGGGGCUUUUGCUAGCAAUAGAAGAGGACACCGAGCUGUUUAUUCAGUCAACUUUCUGCAAUGACAGAGGAGACCUUUUUGGUAUAUUGGAAGCCUGAAGAAGAAGCUUAAGAGAAAACCAAAUGACCCGAUCAGCUCCUAUUCUUUCAUGCACAUGCAACAAAAGCUUGAAGAAGCUGACCUCAAGAUAAAAGAACAAGAAGCCCGUAUUGCCAAGGCUGUGGCAGACCGUGCUCUGGAACAAGCUACUAACCAGUCUAAGAUGGCUGAGGUCUCCCUUAUGCACAAGUACAUGCGUUCAACUGACCAAAAAUACCUUGAUUUCAUUGCCUCUGAAGCAUCAUCUCCAGCUCCUCCUGAUCAGUAAAAGCUCUGUGUUCUUAGGUUAUCAUAUUUAACUAUCUUUUGGUGUUUGGUAUUUUGAACAUAUAACAACUCUGAUAACUUUUUGGUAUGUA